UUUGAUUGGGAAAGCAUUGCGGGCAACCUGCCUUUUCUCAGAAAGGGAGCAACUUUGAGAGGAUAUGGUUCCAUUUUCCAUGGCUAAAUGCUUGAAAAUUAUUAAGUGAUUAUUUAUCUUAAAGUAAAAGCGUUUUAUAGCAAUAGUGAUAAUGAUAUGUGAUAUAAGGAGCUACGAUUCGCAAUGAAAAACAUUUAAAAGUGAAUAGGCUAGUCAAAGUUAAGAUGUUGGUUGCAUACUUUCAUGUUUUUUCAAUGCUUUUUACGAGUCUCGUUCUCUAGGUAGACGCCCUACUGUACCCUGUGAAUGAUAACGUCAUCAUGUCGGUGCAUAAACUGGUUACUGUAAUUGUAUGGAACGGAAGGAGGUGGGGUGCUGCUGUUUAAGACAUUGAUCAUUGACGUUGCAAAGAAUGAACGGAGCGGCUCAAACAAUCCUGGCGACAUUCUGAACGCUGAUGAAUGAAACCUAAUCCAUGGUCGAUUAUCAGGAGAUUUGAUGGAUUUCCUAUAAGAAACUAUACUCUGGGUGAAUAGUUCCAGUUUAUAUAUACCUCUCCUUCUCCUCCCUGGCUCCCUCUACUCACCGCUCUAACAACGCAGAAGUCUCCACGGUCUUCAUCAUAAGUCAUUUUCAUGAACAAUGACAACCAAGUUGCUGGUGUCUUUCUUACUUCUGUCAGUCCAACGGGUGCGUUCCGACCCAGACCCAAGGGACUACGAUGGGGACUAUGAGGACACUACUGUCAAUCAGAUGCUGGCUCCCAAAAACCAUCAGGCCGAGGCCACGCUCAUAUUAAAUAACUUACUUAAGGACUACGACAAGACACUACGCCCUGAUAUUGGAGUUAAACCAACUCUUAUCGACGUUGACAUAUAUGUCAAUAGCAUCGGACCUGUAUCAUCAAUAGACAUGGAAUACCAAAUUGACAUCAUUUUUGCACAGACGUGGAUUGACAGCCGUCUGCAAUACAACAGCACCAUGAAGAUCCUGACGCUCAACAGCAACAUGGUGGGAAUGAUCUGGGUCCCUGACACCAUCUUCAGAAACUCCAAGAACGCAGACUCUCAUUGGAUUACGAUGCCCAAUCAGCUUCUGCGUAUUUGGAACGAUGGGAAGAUAUUAUACACGCUGAGGUUGACCAUCAAUGCAGAGUGCCAGCUGCAGCUCCACAUUCCUAUGGAUGAGCACUCCUGUCCCCUGGUCUUCUCUAGCUAUGGUUACCCCAAGGAUGAAAUGAUUUACAAAUGGAAAAGGAACUCCAUCGAAACCUCAGACCAGAAGUACUGGCGCCUCUACCAGUUUGACUUCAUGGGCCUGCGGAAUACCACAGACGUCCUCAAAACAACAGCAGGUGAUUAUGUGGUCAUGACGGUGUACUUUGACCUGAGCAGGAGAAUGGGUUAUUUCACCAUCCAGACCUACAUCCCCUGUAUCCUCACCGUGGUGCUCUCCUGGGUUUCCUUCUGGAUCAAUAGUGAUGCCGCCCCCGCCAGAACAGCACUAGGUAUCACCACUGUGUUGACAAUGACCACCCUUAGUACAGUGGCCAGGACCUCCCUACCCAGAGUCUCCUAUGUGACGGCCAUGGAUCUCUUCGUCACCGUGUGCUUCUUGUUCGUCUUUGCGGCCAUGAUGGAGUACGCCAUCCAAAACUACUACGCCUACAGGACACAGAAGCCCCACUACAACAAGACAAACAAGACGAAGAGACUGGAGAUGGCCUUCCUCUGUCCCCUCCCACAGACCUACUCGAUGCUAGACAUGGGGCCCGGGUCCCCCACGACCGUGGUUCCGUUGAACAACAACUACUCGUACUGGCAGGACUACGAGGACGUGUACGAGUGUCUGGACGGGAAGGACUGCCAGAGCUUCUUCUGCUGUUACGAGGAGUGCAAGGGGGGAGGGUGGAGGAAAGGACGCAUCCAUGUCGACAUUAAGGAGCUGGACGCCUACUCGAGAGUCUUCUUCCCUACGUCGUUCCUCCUGUUCAACAUUGUCUACUGGGUCUCUUAUCUCUACCUUUAGCAGUUUCAGUUGGAGUUGAUAGAAUUCGCUUGGACAAAUAUGGAAAGACUCAUAUGGGAAGAGGAGACAUCACAAGAUAAAAGAAGUCACUCAGUGGCAGCUUUGUGCACGUUGACACUUAAUUGGUUGGUGGGUUAGUAUAGCCAACCGAUAGACAGCUGUCAGACCCUAACACCAGGAUGCUAGCCAGAUAAGAGAUAAUGAAGCAUCCACAGUGCCUUCUUCAGGAAGGGGUUAUCACCUAUACAGAGGUGCAAUAAGGGGACUACAAGCUUUGGAGUUUUUCCCACUUAGGUUGUUCCACAUUCAACUAGAAGCUUUGGAGUUUUCCCUACAUAGGUUAUCAUUUCAACGCAUGCUAUACUGUUUAUUAAAAAACAAUGAAAAGCUAGGGUGGACUACACUAUGAAAUUAUUAUAUUGUUGCUUUGUAUUUCUUAGUUAGUUGCAUUGUCAUUGCAAGCCAUUUGAAAUAUAUAGAAACUCAAUAUUCUUUAUCUUAGCCAUCAACAGGAUCUUAAGUAUUAGGUCAUUGAUAACAUUGAUUUAGUUUAGAUUAAUAGACAUUUAUAUCAUAAACAUUUGAAUAACGUUUUCUACCAAGGGUGAUAUACAACAAGAAAAUGCAUAGUAUACCUUACAACACACCAUAACAUAAUAAUUUAUAGAUGAAAAUACUACUUUUGUAAAAUAAUGUAUCUAAUAAAGUUUUCUUUUGUAACAUAUAGAGUUUUCCAGAGGGUAUUAAUAGAUUAUUUGAUAAUUAAAUCAAUUGUCUGAGGACAAUCCACGUGUCAAAUGGAUCUCAUAUGACGGGACAAGGCAUGGUAAGGUUUCAAACUAAAGUAGUAUGGAGAUGGAUUUCUGCUAAAAAAAUUUAAAUUAAUUUACAAAAUGUGAACAUAAAUCUAUCUCCAUACAGCAGGCCUACAAUACACCAUAGGCUGAGGGCCAGGGUAGCAUUUGGGCCAAUACAGUACUGUAUAUAUUGUGCUAGUAUUCAGUACAGUACUAAUAAAAAAUGUAUGGUUUCUCUCCAGCAACACUAUUGCUAUUUUCUUGAGCAAGAACAUGUAUAAUUCAUUUUAUAUCAUACAGUAGCUGUUGUACCAAAACAGACAACAACAUCACAAAGAAUUGUGAAAGGUGUGUUUUUGGAGUUAAAAAUAGUUGUAUUUACUGUACUGUAAGUAACACUGGUGUUUCUUAGAAGUAUGGUAGUAUCCUAUAUUCUAUGUUUUAAGAGAAAGUGUAUGUGAGAGAUGUUUUCAUGCUAUUUUCAUAGUUGAAUGUAUAUCAUACUUUAGACCAACAACAAAUAGUGGUUUUCAACUCUGUAUAACAGUACAAAUAAUUGCACUUUAUAAGUGUCUUAGUUUGAUAUAAUGUAUUUACAAUAAAUCAAACACUAUUUUAUAAGUCUUAUGGAACGCACCCUUUUGUUACAGCAGAUCUGAGAGAACCACUGUCUAGGUACAGCAAUGCUUUUUAGAUAAUUCAGUCUGUGGUAUUGCUUAAAUUAAUAAAACUGUCUUUGCUCAA